AUGUGCGACUUGGCCCGAGCCGAGAGUGACGGCUACAUUGGCGCACUGCCUGAUCGAACGACAGAUACGGCUGUCACCAGUAGCAAGAUCAUCUCGAUCAAGUCGAUCGCACGUCGCACGAAAACCUUGUGGCAGGCAAUGCCGUCCACGACAACCAGCAGCAAAGCGCUAUGGCCGUUUCGAGCACCGGAUUCGAGCAGCAGCGUCAACUCGACAUGUAGCGUGCAUUCGUCCGAGUGGGCUGGCGGACGAAGAAGCAUUGGUGGCGGGUUCAAGGCCUCGAUUCUCGAGGAUAGCAGCUCGAGGUCGUUCCUGCAUCCAUCAGUCACAGUGUCGAGGUCGAAACCGACAACGACGCAGCCGAUGAUGGGAAUCACAGCCGAGGCAAGCAGCUAUAGCUCUGUUGAACGGUCGUUCCGGGCAUCCUGUGAGCUCGUCCACUCGAAGGAGCUAGACGAGGGAGACUCGAGAUGGUUCACGUAUCGCCGAACGUCCUUGAUGAGCUCGAACGUCGGUUUGCUUGACCAGGAGUCAAGUGCUUACGAAGGCUGUUUCUUGCCAACACUCGAUAUAGCACGCGAAGCAGAGCGUCUGAAGCUGCUGGAUCUGAUUGUCUCGCCUGCCUGUACGCUCGUGGAUCGCACGGUCAUGCAUCGCAGCUGUGAGAUUGCUGCCGCUGCCUUUGGUCUGAGUGCUGCUUUUAUCGCACGAGUCGACGAGACCUUUGUGAUGAUCGAGCACAGCAUUGGGACUUGCAGUUUGUCACCUCUCGAUGUGAUCUUGCGGCGCGAGUCGUUGUGUGAUUUCGUCCUCUGUCAACCUCAAUGCCAACCUCUGGUAGUCGUAGACUGCCUCGUUGAUCCACGCACUCGAGAUCUUCCAAUGGUACAGCACCUGUGCAUGCGCUUUUUUAUUGGCAUCAGCGUAUGUGUCCGCGGUCUCCCCAUCGCGUGCCUGUGCGCUUUCGAACAAGGGGACGGCAAACAGUACGAAGGAGACGGAGAACUAGUGUCGGCAUCAUACUGCGAGUUGGAUAUUCUGAGAAAUGCCGCGCGUCGCAUGGAGGAUGAGCUGGAAAGCCUUGUCCAUGGCUUAGAGUUGUGCUAG